AUGGGGGGGGUGUCGUUGCGCCCGUCGUUGUUCACGAGGGAUGACAUUCCGGUGGCGGAUUACUUUACGCAGAGAGACACGGGGGCGACGACGACGCGCGAGGUUGAUUUUCACGAGAUUGCGGUGCCCACGCGGGGUUUGGAUAUGGAAGAGGCGUCACCAGAGGCGUCGAGGGCGAUGCGCGCGUUGAUGGCGGAGCGGGAGAUGUGGGCGCCGCUCGCCGCGUUGGCGCGUUUGCCCAAGGAUGUCGCGGAUGAAAUCCUGGCUCGAAAGCUGCACGCGAUGUGCAGCUAUUCCUUCGCCAACGGGCCGUUCAAGAGGCUGUGGAUCAAAGUUGGCGUCGAUCCACGUUUUGAUCGCGCGUACGUCCGCUCGCAAACGAUCACGGUGCGCCUGCCCUCGAACUGGUUCCAGGACGACGAUCCGGAGGGCGCUCGGCGCAAGGCGCGCUUCGCCUCGUGCUCGCGCUCGGAUCGCGGCUACCACGACGCCGUGCACGGAUUUAGGUCCAUACCAGACGUUCGUCAUCCCGUGCUCACGCUCGCAGACGUCGCACUUCCGAGCGUGCGAGCCGCCGUUGAGCUCGCCGCGGCGUCCGCCGACCACUCGAGCGCGUGCGACGAGCGCCGAGGCUGGCUCCCGCACGGACUCCAUCGCAAGAUUCAGCGCGCCAUCGUUCGCGGAUACCAAGCGCUGUUGGACGGAGACGACCCAAUCACCGCGGACGAGGCCUCGAUGGGCGCCCCCGACGACGCACACGUCGACGAUGACGCCUCGCCGAGUCCCGCCGCGGCGCCCGAUUCGCCCCGCGCGGACGCCGACGCGCUCGCCGAGUACGAAAUCCUCGGCGAUCAGGACGACUCCGAGGACGAGUACGAGUGA